UUGCAGAGCAAAAAAAUCGGGGGAAAGAGAAAAAUUGAGCCGCUCCAAACUCCAAAGUCUGACGACCUGAAUACCCCGACCAUCACCGCCGCCUCCGCUCCGCCGUUUCCCGCCCAAAUCCCCACCGCCGCGGCGCCGCCCAAAUGUCGGAGGAGAAGAAGAAAAAGGAGGAGGAUGCCCAGCUGAUUGCGCUUGCGGGCUUCCUCCACGAAACCUAUUCCGACAGCAUUCACAGCAUCCUACUCGACGACGAUCCCUCGAAGCUCCAUUUGCCGCUCGUUAUUGAAUUCGCGAAACUUAUGGACUUCGACCCCGAGUUCGCCGGGAAACUCUACUCCUGUCCCGGCGAGUACCUUCCCUUCCUCGACAAGGCCGCUAAACGGGUCAAGGAUGCGAUGCUCGAGGAAUUGGGUGAUUUGAAAGACGCGGUACGGAAGAAGAAGCCCGUGCGCGUACGCAUCGACGUCUCUGGAUCACCGCUAGAAUUCCCUGAGGCGUCCCCGAGUAUUGGAAAGGUGAGGGCGAAUCACAUGAGGAAAUUGAUUACUCUGAAGGGAACUGUGAUAAGAUCAGGCGGAGUCAAGAUGAUUGAGUACGAAAGGGACUACAUGUGCAGGAAGUGCCAGCACAGUUUCACGGUUCGUCCUGAACUGGAGGCUGGGAAUCGCAUAAACCUUCCUGCAUUGUGCCCAUCAAAGAGUUCAAGAGGCUGUGGAAGUGCUUCUUUCCAGUCCGUAGAAGGUUCUACAAUUUGCCGUGAUUACCAAGAAAUCAAAAUUCAAGAAAACGUACAACUUUUGGGUGUUGGAUCUAUACCCCGUUCGAUGCCGGUAAUUUUGAUGGAUGAUCUUGUUGAUAGCAUUAAACCUGGAGAUGAUGUUAUUAUUACGGGCAUAUUAUCUGCCAAAUGGUCUCAUGAUAUUAAGGAUGUGCGAUGCAACCUUGAUCCUAUGCUGCUUGCCAAUUAUGUGAGGAGAACAAAUGAGCUGAAAUCUGAUAUAGACAUUCCUGUGGAAACUGAAGAGGAGUUUAAGCAUUUCUGGGAAGAAUACAGGCUUACUCCACUAAAAGGAAGAAACUUUAUCUUGGAAGGCAUCUGUCCUCAAAUUUUUGGGCUAUUCACAGUGAAGCUUGCAGUUGCUCUUACAUUAAUUGGUGGAGUGCAGCAUGUUGAUGCUUCUGGAACAAAGGUUCGUGGAGAACCCCAUAUGCUUCUUGUUGGUGAUCCAGGUUCAACUUCUGCAGCAUCUCUUCCGUUCUUGUUUGCUCCUCCUUCGACGCCAUCUUGCACCAAAGCUCGAGGAAACCGAUUGUUUUGUAAGCCAGAGUUCUGGGGUACUGGUAAAUCCCAGUUUUUGAAGUUUGCUGCUAAAUUGAGCAACCGCUCUGUGAUUACAACGGGUCUUGGAAGCACCAGUGCUGGGUUAACUGUCACAGCUGUCAAGGAUGGAGGAGAGUGGAUGCUUGAGGCUGGUGCUCUUGUUCUGGCUGACGGUGGUUUAUGCUGCAUUGAUGAAUUUGACAGCAUGCGAGAGCAUGACAGAACAACAAUACAUGAAGCCAUGGAGCAACAGACAAUAAGUAUUGCAAAGGCUGGACUAGUUACAACACUGAGUACAAGGACUACUGUAUUUGGUGCCACUAAUCCAAAAGGGAAAUACGACCCUGAUCAAAGCUUAUCUGUGAAUACAACACUUUCAGGACCAUUGUUGAGUAGAUUUGAUAUAGUUCUUGUUCUCUUGGAUACGCAAAAUACUGCUUGGGAUAAAAUAGUUUCAGCGCAUAUAUUGAAGGAGAAUUUUGAUGAAAAGAAAGACAAGGCAAAUGCUUCUGAUGCAAAAUGGAUGCUCCCCAAGUUGAGAAGGUACAUCAAUUAUGUAAAGCGGUUUAAACCGGUGCUGACAAAGGAGGCAGAAAGAGUUAUCUCGAGCUAUUAUCAGCUUCAGAGAAAAUCAGGAACACAUAAUGCAGCAAGAACAACGGUACGCAUGCUUGAAAGUUUGAUAAGGCUUGCACAAGCACAUGCUAGGCUAAUGUUCAGCAAUGAGGUUAAACAACUUGAUGCCAUUGCUGCCAUACUGUGCAUUGAAUCCUCCACGACAACAUCUCCAAUAGUGGACAUUGUUGGAGAUGCUCUGCACUCAAAUUUUACAGAUAACCCUGACAAAGAAUAUAAAACACAGGAGAAGGAGAUCCUUAAGAAGCUUGGACUAAUUGAAGAUUCCCCAUAAUUCAAUACAAAUCAUCAGCUGCUGCAUCUUGUGCUAUUCUGCACAAUGAAUCAGUGGUAUGCUUGCAGCUCUCUUGCAUGUUCGAGGAAAAAAAAAACAGUGAUAUGCUAAGUGGGUCAUCUAUCCUCGAAGCUUGUGGAUCAUCUGUAAGACUUGGAAAAACUGCUUCCAAAAUUCUAGAAAGGCCAUGAUGUUCUUGCCAAAUUGAUGCUUCACCAUUUACUGGUUUAUAUGUGACUUUGAGAUUCAAUUACCUGCUAUUCGGUUUAUGCCGGGUUGACUUCAUAUACAGGGUCUUGGUUGGAUGAGGUCUACCUUUGCAGUUCAUGGUGUAUAUACAUAUGGGCUUUGUAACACGUAACAUUUUUCAUUUUGCAGUUCAUGGUUGGAUGGGCUUUAUAAUAUUUGCAGUUCAUGGUGCACAUACCUCGUAUAAAAUUUUGCAAUCUAUAUCAGAUAGGCUUUGUAACCUGUACCGCCACUCAGGAUUUUAUCUUAUGACAUCUAUGAUCUAUC